AUGACAUGUGACAGCUGCGUCAAGGACGUUUCAGACUCGUUGUACAAGCUGGGGGGUAUCACCAAGGUCGAGGCCAAUCUCGAGGACCAAUUGCUUUCCGUCGAGGGCACAGCCGCACCAUCAACAAUUGUUGACGCCAUCCAAGCCACGGGGAGGGACGCCAUCCUGCGAGGCUCGGGAGGAUCAAACAAUGAUGCAUCUCCAAAGUUGAAUGAGCAGCGAGACCGAGAGGUCAGGGGCCUCGCUAGAAUGGUGCAGGUCUCACCGACUACAACUCUGAUCGACAUGACGCUACGAGGCGUUGCCCCCGGCUCAUACCGAGCUACAAUCCGUGAGUAUGGUAACCUGGCAGAGGGCGCAUCAUCGACGGGCCCUGUGUGGUCGGAAGGCAGUGAAGACAUCGCCGCCGCCAAGGGGUUCUUGGGCGUCUUCAACGUCGGCAAGGAUGGCAGAGGUAGCGCCUAUCUCGACAAACCUUUUCAAAUCUGGGAAGUUAUUGGCCAUGCCAUGGUUGUCUCGAGACAAGAUGAGUCUGCAGGGGCGUUGAAAAAUGACCCAGACACGUUGGUCGGCGUGAUUGCCAGGAGUGCCGGCGUGUGGGACAAUGAUAAGACGGUCUGUUCAUGCACCGGCAAGACGCUGUGGGAGGAGAGAAAGGACGAGGUCGAGAAAGGUAUGCUGUAG